AAUGGUCAUUUAUUCAGUGUGGUAAUUUUCGAAUGAUUUGUUUAUACUUCUUAGUUGUUUUAGAAGGGAAUAAAAAAGUUGAAAAUCAUGGGUGAACCUUCUCACAGCAGAUUUGAAAAAUCUUUGGGUUUAUUGACUACGAAAUUUGUUGCACUAUUACAGGCGUCUUCUGGUGGAGUAUUGGAUUUGAAAGUGGCUGCAGAUUUAUUGGCAGUUCGACAGAAACGAAGAAUUUACGAUAUUACAAACGUUUUGGAAGGCAUAGGCUUGAUUGAAAAGAAGAGUAAGAACAGUAUUCAAUGGAAACCAUAUGCAUGCAAGCAUUUACCAGGAACAAACUCACAAGAAUAUUCAUUUAAGGUUUCUGAAUUGAAGAAAGAGUUGACAAAAUUGAAUGAUUAUGAACAGGAGUUGGAUUUACAUACACUACGAAUUGAACAAAGUAUUCGUAAUACUACAGAAGAUGUAGAAGCCAAAAAGUAUCUUUAUCUCACAAGUGAGGACUUCUUGAAUGUAUAUGACAAUGUAAAUACUGUUAUGGUUAUAAAUACACCUGUGGAUAAGAGCCACAUUAAUUUACAAAAGUUGAAUGAAUCAUUUCAAGUGAAAAUUUCCUCAUCCACGACUCCUAUUGUUACUAGCCUUUUAUGUGAUUCAUAUGAAGACACCACAAAGAAAAAAUAUCCUUUGAAACGAAAGAAUCAGAAUAAAAUGGAAGAUGAUGAGCCCGACAUGAAGAAACCUCGUUUUAUUUAUAAUGGAGAAGAUCCUGAUUUGAUUACUGCAGGCAUAUUAUUUAGGAAACAUGGUUCCUCAGUUUUCAAUGGAGAUUUCUAUGAUGAUAGUAAUGAAAGUCCUUUUAUACAUCUCAAUUCAUUCCCUAUUAACCAAGACUACAAUUUUGGACUUGCAGAAUUGGAAGGUGCCGUUGAUUUAUUCGAUGUGAAUGAUAGUUAUCCUCCAACUGAUACCAGUUUGUGACCAGCAAAAUCAAUUUAUAUUACAUUUUCAUACAUCUGUUAAGUUUUAUAUUAAUUUUUUCUCUGUAAAAUAGUUUUUCAUUUAAUUUUUGAUAUAAAUAUAUGAAAGCAUUUGUUAUA